UUAGACCCCAGCGUCCCAGGAGGGACCUCCCCAGGGCUCCAAGACUCACAUCUGUCACCCGCCUUACCCAGGGGCUCAAACUGCACCUGCCCUGGGCCUCCCUGCACCCCACUUCUUCCCUUCCUGGAAUGGUGUCUGCCUUCCUUGAUCUGUGGUCUUGUCGGUUCCCAGUUUCUUCGAUCAAAAGUCCAGGGAGGUACCGGAGCUUCUGCCGCCAAGUCCGGAUCCGACUCUGCGCACCACAGACGCCCGCUCACCUGCCGUGCACUCCCCGGACUAGAUUCCUUUUGGUCCUAACUUCACUAUGGCAACUCUCAAGGAUCAGCUGACUGUGAAUCUUCUGGAGGAAGAACAAAGCCCCCAAAAUAAGAUUACAGUCGUUGGGGUUGGUGCUGUUGGCAUGGCCUGUGCCAUCAGUAUCCUAACGAAGGACUUGGCAGAUGAGCUUGCUCUUGCUGAUGUCACGGAAGACAAAUUGAAGGGAGAGACGAUGGCUCUCCAACAUGGCAGCCUUGUCCUUAGAACACCAAAGAUUGUCUCUGGCAAAGAUUGUCAUGUGACUGCAAACUCCACGCUGGUGAUUAUCACAGCUGGGCCACGUCAGCAAGAGGGAGAAAGCCGUCUUCAUUUGGUCCAGCGUCACGUGAACUUGUUUACAUUCAUCAUUCCUAAUGUCGUCAAAUACAGCCCCAACUGCAAAUUGCUUAUUGUUUCCAAUCCAGUGGACAUCUUGACCUAUGUGGCUUGGAAGAUUAGUGGCUUUCCCAAAAACCGUGUUAUUGGAAGUGGUUGCCAUCUGGAUUCAGCCCGGUUCCGUUAUCUCAUGGGGGAAAGGCUGGGAGUUCACCCAUCAAGCUGUCAGGGGUGGGUCCUUGGGGAGCAUGGAGACUCGAGUGUGUUUGUAUGGAGUGGAGUGAAUGUUGCUGGUGUCUCCCUGAAGUCUCUGUACCCUAAUUUAGGCACUGAUACUGAUAAGGAACAGUGGAAAGAAGUUCACACUUCGUUGGGGGAUCCAAAAAGAGCUGCAGUUUUAAAGUCUUCUAAUGUCGUGCCAUUUCACUGUCUAGGGUACAACAGGAUUUUAGUUGGAGGUUAUACAUAUUGUCCUUUUUAUCUGAUCUGUACUAAAGCAGUAAUAUUAUUGAGGCAGCCUAGGGAAAACAUCAAUUUCCUACAGUUAGCAGUAGGAAUGGUUCAUAAAACCCUGCGGCUACAUCCUGAUGCUGGAUGGCACUUACCUCGUCCUAACCUGGUUAGUGUGGAAUAGUUCCACCCGCUCAGAGGCACCAGCACUGCCAAUGGUGCACACGAUGCUACAGUUGCCCUUCAAUCUAGAUGUGUGUUUACUGUGUGUUACAUAACUCGGGUUCCUUUACCCUGUGUGCCUAAUCCAACUUUUUUUCCUCCAGUCCCACAGCUGGGGAUCCAAUGUAUAAAUCCAAAAUUGCAUGUUCUAAGGGAUCUUCUUUUAUGUACUAUAUGUGUCAGCGUAUACUGGAGACUAAUGUGAAAUGAAAACUCUACAUAUUAAUAAUGCAGCCAACUAUCCAAGUGUCAUACCAACAAAAACACCAAAUAAACCUUGAACAGUGAAAAAAAUAAAUAAAUAAGUCCAGGGAAGGAAACACAAACCAAAGCCCCAGUGAGAUAUCACUUCACACUCAUCAGGAUGAAUGUGGAAAGGAAUUGAAGGAAUCGGAACCCUGGUGCCCUGCUGGUGCGACUGCACAAUGGUGCAGCCACCGGAAGGUGACGUGGCAGCUCCUGAAAACCUGAGCCCAGAAUCACCACACAACUCAGCGAAGGAAUGGCCCACACUCAAAGAAAUGACAGCUGAACGUCUGUGCUCUCACGCCCACAGCAGCAGUAUUCAUGAUAGCCAGUGUCAUCACCAGUCUCCUCAAACGUGGGGACGGAAGCAGAUGAUCAGUGUCAGAGUGAUGCCACCUGGGAAGGACAGCCCGGCAGGGGUGGCUUUGAGGACAGAGAAAGGGGCCACAUGUCAAGGAAUGCGGGGCCUCUAGACACUGGAAAGACAAGGAAUGGACUCUCCCUUUAAGUCCCCAGGAAGGAACGCAGCCCUGCAGACACCUGGAUUUCAGCCCAGUGAGGACCAGUUUGGUCUCUGACCUCCAGAACCGUAAGAUAAUAAAGCAUGUUGUGAGCCAUCAUGCUUGUGCAAAUUUGUCACAGCAGAGCAAGGAGUCUCAUACGCCUGGCAUCCAACACUCUAUGGUCUCAGGAGGCCCUGCAGGGAAAAUAGCCUUGGUCAGGUUCCCUCCCCGGCCAGUUGCUGGCCCUGACCUGGAGACCUGCCGGUCCUAUAAGAUGCAACGCAGUGCAGGCGCCGUCCACCUUGCAGACAUACUGUAAAUAACCUUAUGUAAGCACCCUGGCUGUGAGCCACCUUUGUCUCUGUAUGGUAUAAAGGGGACUGGCCAUUUCAUGAGGAGGGCUGCUGAGACAGGACGGGGGCUGCUGGCUGCAUCCUGUGAUGGGACAGAUUGUGCCCAAUAAGCCUGAGUAAAGUAUGUCUGCCUUCGGUUCCAUGUAUCUUCUUCUAGCUCCCAGAGCCGUGGACCCCUUACCCACUCGGACACGUGGUGCAGUGGGCAGGGUCCUGGCCAGAUAAGAGAGCUGUUCGUCCAGGGACAAGAGAAUAUAUGGCCCCACACAGUGUGCGGUAUCCGUUGGCCACUGUUCUCAGGAGCUGGGCUCCCGUGGAGGGUGGUAAGAUAUGGAUGGUUCUCCGGCCCGCAUAGAAAAGGCCUGACAGGUUUUAACUGAGCAGUUGCUGGAACAGGCGAAAGUCGCUGCCAGCCAUGUGGGCUGGACGUUCCUCACUGCACUGCGUAGCUCCAAAGAGGACGUGCUCGCUGAAGCAGCCUGAAUGUGGGACCUGCAGUCUCAA